AUGACUCGCGCCUUCCAACUGCUUCGCCGGCGCCGGCGUCUGCUCCUUCACCCCUUCCUCCAGAACAAUCUUCUCCGCCUACAUUGUGCCCUGGCGAACCACCCCGACCCGUAUCCACGCCUCCCCGGCCACCGCGACUUCCGCCCCGCCAGCGACACGCCCGCCGGCCCCGCGGGGUUCGACGAAACGCCGCAGCGCGACGCUGUCGCCUACGCCGCCACGGUCGGCCUUCAACUGAGGCGUGGAGACCUCCCGCGCGCGGAGGAGCUGUUCCGCGCGGCGCCCAGAUCCGCCCGCGGCCAGCAUCUGGACGCCGUCAUGCUGGACGGGUACGUGAAGGCCGGCCGGGUCGACCGCGCCCGCAGGCUGUUCGACGGAAUGGCGGAGAAGAGUGUGAUUGCGUGGACCAGCCUGGUCUCCGGGUACUGCCGCGCUGGGCGCGUCGACGAGGCGCGCGCUCUGUUCGACCUGAUGCCGGCACGCAACGUGGUGUCCUGGACGGCGAUGGUGCAGGGGUAUGCACGCCGCGGGAUGCUGAGGGAGGCGAGGGAGCUGUUCGACGCGAUGCCAGAGAGGAACGUGGUUACCUGGACGGUCAUGGUCAAGGCCUACGCUGACGGCGGUCGCGUCGGGGAGGCGAUGGAGUUGUUCGACAGGAUGCCUUGGAGGAACUCGUAUUCCUGGACCGCCAUGAUCUCCGGUUUGCUCCGUGCUGGGAGGGUAGAUGAAGCGGUCCAUCUGUUCGAGAGGAUGCAGCAUAGGAACGUGGUUUCGUGGACUCUGAUGGUCACCGGCUUGGCGCAGAACGGUUGUGUUUCAAUGGCGAGAGAGUUUUUCGACAAAAUGCCGAAAAACAAGGACACCGCGGCAUGGAAUGCGAUGAUCACUGCGUAUGCCAAUGAUGGCCAGAUGGAUGAGGCUUGGAGACUGUUCGACUCAAUGCCCGCAAAGGACCAGGUGAGCUGGAGUAUCCUAAUUGACGGCUAUGUCAAGAGCGAACACAAGGACGUAGCCGUGUGUUUAUUUCUUCUCAUGCUCCGGUCAGGAGUAUCUCCUAACAGCACUACAUUAACCAGUGUCUUGGUUACAUCGGAGAGCACAGUUGAAGUUGGGCAAAUCCAUGGCUUCGCCACCACACUAGGGCUCCUGUCUAAAACCUCCUUAGGAAACGCUCUGCUCACCAUGUACUCGAGGAGUGGCGACCUGCCCUCUGCCUGGCAAGCUUUCAAGAUAUUACAGGGGAAGGAUGCCAUCACAUGGACAUCGAUGAUGCAAGCCUUCGCGAACCAUGGCCGUGCCUCGUGCACGCUGCAGGCCUUCGCACAGAUGCUGCAACACGGACAUGACCCCAGCUCAACCACAUUCACUGCCGCACUGUCAGCCUGCAGCCACGCCGGUCUCGUCGAGAAAGGCAAGGAUAUUUUUAGAUUUAUUCGCCACGCCUACGGGCUUGAGCCGACCAUCGAGCACCGCACCUGCCUCGUCGACAUCCUCGGCCGUGCAGGGCGCGUGAGGGAGGCCAUGGAGGUUGUUGGUGCCGUGCCUCCGGAGAUGCGCGACGAGGCCAUCCUGAGGAGGCUGCUAGGGGCCUGCAUAAUGCACAAUGAGGUGGACGCGGCGAGGGAGGUGGGAGAAGCUCUUGCCAAAUCUGACGAGAACCCCUCAGGUUCAGGUUCAGGAGGCUACUACACUGUUCUGGCCAAUGUUCUUGCAUCGGGUGGACUGUGGGAUGAAAUGGCAGCAGCGUGGAGGGCCAUGAAGGGGAGCAAGGUGAGGAAGACGCCUGGAAUGAGCUGGAUCGUGGUGGAUGCGAGGAGUCAUGUGUUCUUCUCUGGGGAUCAGAUGCAUCCACAGUGUGCAGAGAUAUAUGAGAUGCUGGACGACACCCUUGUACCUCAAAUAAAGAAGGAUAAUGGGAGCUGAUGCAGUUGCAAAACAUGCAGCGGAU